CUGCCUUCACGCCGCUCGCCAUACUCACGCCGCGACGACGACAUCAGCGCGACGAUCCGGCGCUCUGCCGUUGAGCGCGCGACAAGAGCACACGAAGCGACCUCGAAGAAACCGAGCGGCAGGCGCGCGUGCGAGAGUGGCGACUGCAGCAGCGCGCGGCACGAGCGCGGGCCAUGGCGGAGCUGGCGGACUACGUGGUGCCGGGCAUCGCCAUCACGGCCGCCACGGCCGUCACCUUCAUCGCCGUCAGCUUCAACGAGCUGCGCGAGAAAUCAGUGCGGCAGCAGGAGUUGAAGCAGCAGGCGCAGCUGUUGGAGGAGCAAGAGGGAGUGGUGCUGCGAUCUAGCUUGAGCGCCAGGGAGAAAAGAAAGGGGCGCAAAAGAAGCAAGUCCUCAUGAUGAUGCCAUGCUCCUAGUUGUGGUAGUGGGUGAAAGAAUGAAUAGAAGAAGAGAGAACAGGGGAGAUAUAGCGUUUGGGUUGUACCCACUAAGAACAUACCCUAUUAGCCUAUAACUUCUACAUUGAAGUAAAUCGUCUGAUGUUGUAGUAGACUAAGUAUAAAACUAUAAACACAAACACUUGGC